GUGAUAUGUCGGACCAUCGCUAUGAGAAAGUCACUCGUAGUUGGUUUUUCUAUUUAUACACCUGUGGAAAUAACGCAUUUUCGGUUGUUUUCUUGCUAGUAGGAGUCGUAGUAUCAUCAAACUUAAUUAUGGCUGAGGAACAGAAGGAAUUAAAGGCUGUGCUACAUGGAAAUGGGGAACUUACAAAGAACCUUUACAAUAUUUUGGCUAAGAAACCUGGCAAUGUAUUCUUCUCUCCCAUAAGUAUCCACGCAAUUCUCUCGUUAGUAUACCAAGGUUCAAGAGGUCGUACUCAAGAAGCGUUUACUAAAGCUUUAAAUGUGCCCGAUGUUAGAGUGGCUGCCAAGGGAUAUAAAGACGUUAUGUCACGUCUCAAUUCCGUGAAGGACGUAACUCUUCUGAUAGCUAACAAAGUAUUUUUGCAAGAAUCUUAUAAACUUCAACAAGACUUCAGCACUGUGGCAGUGCAGCAGUUUUCGUCUGAGGUAGAGCUAUUGAAUUUUAAACAGCCUAAAGUCGCCGCGUCAUCCAUUAAUACCUGGGUCGAGAAUAAAACCAAUAACAAAAUUAGAGAUCUUAUUAAUCCCGAAGACUUAGACGAUAACACAGUUCUGGUGCUUGUCAAUGCAAUUUAUUUUAAAGGCAAAUGGGCGCUCCCAUUCGACGUGCAUAACACUAGAACCGAAAAAUUCUACCUGAACGAUGUCGAUACCGUUGAUGUGCAGAUGAUGCAUAUAAAAAAGAAGUUUUUCUACAAGGAGGAUGCCAACUUGAACGCCAAAGUUUUAGAGUUGCCUUAUUCCAAUAAGAACAUCAGUCUGAUUGUCAUCCUGCCAAAUGAACGAAACGGUAUCGCAGAUUUGGAGCAGAAACUUGCGAGCACAGACAUAAUGAAGAUCACGGAGAAUAUGCACAAACCGGAGGUUGAAGUGGCUCUUCCCAAGUUCAAAAUCGAACAAACCAUCGAUCUUCAGGACUCUUUAACCGAGCUCGGACUCGGUGUCAUAUUCGAUCAGGAGAAUGCAGAACUCACAGGAAUCAUUGAGACUAAAGAACAAUUGUAUGUGAGCAAAGCGGUCCAAAAGGCAUUCAUUGAAGUAAACGAAGAAGGAGCGGAAGCAGCUGCUGCGACUGGUAUGAUAAUGGCAAUGAGAUGUGCUAUGCUGCCAAUGCCCGUGGAAGAAGUUAUUGUAGACCAUCCGUUUGGAAUCUACCUGAUUCAUAGGGAAGGUCCACUCGUGCAGGUGCUGUUUAGUGGACGUGUAAUUCAACCCAAAGUGUAAUACCUCACGGCAAAAGAUGCACAAUAAAAAACUUGUUAUUCGUCUGUUGCCUUUUAGGAAAAGAGUAAAAUUUGCUUCCCAUAAUUAUGUAUAUACCAAUUGACAGUAGAAGAUGCAUUUAAUUUUGUUUACCUUUGUAAUACUGUUGUUAUCGUUUUAAGUGACCACCGUUUAUUGAAAACUGAUAAUAAUCCUGAUUUUGUAAGUGUAGUUCAUGUAAACAGUCCAUCUGUAACACCAAGAGAUUAACUUAGCAAUUUUGUAUUAAUUUAUGUAUAAUUUAAUGUUGGAAAUAUAUGUGUAAAAAGAAGA